UAGGAGACCAGUUGGCUGGAGAUCCAAAUGUGUUAAGAGCAACAAUUUAAGUUGUAUUUAAGCGUUUUGACACAAAAGUUUGUUUAAAAAUGUCAGACACAGACGUAGAUCACGACCGACAAAAGCCAAAGGGCGUUUUCUCCACUUUAAUGGCCGAUGGUGACUGGCUGUACAUUAAAGGAGAGUAUAAAAAGGCGAUAGAAAGCUACACAGCGGCCCUGACUUUAAAGCCUGAUGAUAAAACCUGCUUUGUGGGCCGAUCCAAAUGUUACCUGAAGAUUGGGCAAUCUGUGAACGCUUUAAAAGAUGCAGAGGCUUCCCUCAAAGAAGAUGCGUCAUUUUUCGAGGGAUUGUACCAGAAGGCAGAAGCUUUGUACUACAUGGGAGAAUUUGAAUACGGGCUGGUGUUUUACCACAGAGGUCAAAAGCUACGCCCACAAAUCCAGGAGUUCAGACUGGGUAUCCAGAAAGCACAGGAGGCCAUAGAAAACUCUGUUGGCAGCCCUUUUUCUGUGAAACUGGAGAUUAAAGGAGACCUGUCAUUUCUUCAAAAAGAUGAGGAGGGAGCCCAGCCGAUUGCUGCUAUUCAGCAUCUGACGACUAAGAAAAAACAGCCGGCCCAGAAGACUCCUAAGAGUGAGAAGACAACCAAACAACUGUUGGGAGAGUUUUACAGUGACAAGAAAUAUCUAGAAACCCUGCUUAAAGAUGAAGAUUUGGUAAACGGCAGGACAAAAAGUGGGGAGCCCUUGCAGGACGUCAUUCAGGGCUGCCUCACGUACCUCGACACUUGCACUGAGUUCUGGAACCAGGAGAAACCUAUCUGUGCACAGGAAAAGGAGCCUAAGUUAAAGCAGCAAAAAUGUAGGGUGCUCUCUGGACAUGCUCUGUUUCUGCUGAAGAGCCUGGAAGACAUUGAUUCAGAGUUGAUUUCGGGAAAUGCAGAAGGCAGUCUCAAGAAGGCAAAAGAAGUCAUGAAGAUCGUGCAGGGCUGGUCUGAGAAAGAGGCCCCUCAUAAAAAAGAGGUCUUGGGCAACCUGCACAGUUGUAUUGGGAAUGCGUUGAUAGAUCUCGGAGACAUGGACAAAGCUUUGAAACAUCAUCAGAAAGACUUGGAGUUAGCUAAACAGUGCAAUCUCCCAGAUGCAAUGUCCAGGGCUCUGGACAACAUUGGGCGACUUUAUGCCCAAAUUGGACAGUUCACACAGGCUGUUGAGAUCUGGGAGAAGAAGAUUCCUCUGGUCCGUGGCGGUUUGGAGAAGACCUGGUUGUUUCAUGAGAUUGGUUGGUGUUAUUUGGAGCUAAGUCACCACAAAGAAGCAAGACACUAUGGCCUCCGUUCUGUUCAUGCAGCCGAUGAAAUUGCUGAUGAGAAAUGGCAGAUAAAUGCCAAUGUUUUGGUGGCACAAUCAGAGAUGAAACUCGGAAACUUUGAAUCCUGUGUCUCCCACUUUGAGCAAGCCUUGACUAAAGCCAAACUGCAAGAAGACGACUCUGCUGUGAUUGCCAUUCAGAAGGCCCUUGAUGAAGCAAAGGAACACCUUCUGCAGUGAGAAUGUCCUGAGGCAUGAUGCAUCAAACUGAUGAUAACUAUCCUCAAACAAAAGUUGUUGGAACAAAAGCGAAGAAUAAAAGCCAUCUCCAGUUUUUUUGAUGGCUAAAAAUGGCUAAAAAAAAAGAGAUGUUUGAGUUUUUUUGACUGCUAAAAGAGCUUAAAUGCAUGAAUGCAUUUUGAUGAAAAAAUAUAUAUAAAUGAAGACACUGCAGAUGAUAAAUAAGAACUAGUAUCUGCUUAAAGGUCAAAAUACAAACACUCGAGUGUCGUCGAGGGUCAUACAGUGAAAUUC